GUCUUGUUGAACACUACGGUGUUCUCCCCUGUGGUGAAGAACUUGAAGUCAAAGGUCGGGUAGUUCACCUCCAGGCAGCUCAGCGGGUCCGCAGCUCUCUCUGGCAGGGUCGAUGUCGGCCACCCACAGCGUCUUGGUGCAUCCCUUCCACAGGCCCAAGUGGACCGCCGGACAUGUCUGCCACACAGGAAGUCACAUGACAAGCACUAGCAGGCAGCAGUGCGAGGCAUUGGCGAAGCGGGCGUGGACAAGUAGAAAGGACCGCUACUGCGAUGCAUUGACAGGUGAUGCUGCUUGCUCCUGUGAUGUUUAGAGGCUAAACUUAAAGGGAUUAAUCUUGGCUGACAAACACAGGACGUCCUUCGGGCCAAGUCCGAUCAUCAGGUUGGAAGUGGCCCAGCGACUUGUUUCAGGGACAAGCGGAAGGAUGUCUCAUUUGAACCACCAGGGACCAUAGGAACCCAUUGUGGAAGAAUGAGGUCAUUCGUGGAGGUCUUCUUGAAUACUUGAGAUGUUGCUUUUAUGUUUUCUGAGGGGAGGAGUUACCAGCUACUUCACUGUUGACAUGGUGCACCUUGACGUCAUCCAGUCCAGGGCAAAUGUCCACCACUCAUGGUGUGGGCCACAAAAAAUCUAAAGCUUUGGAGGACUUGCAGGUCAGUUGACAAGGUGUACUUCGGAUCUAAAUCAAAGAUGGCGAGAGUCAGUCUUCUGAGCCUUGACAACACAAGGCACCUGAGAGGCACCAGCCUGGUGUUCUAUAUCGCCUUGCGUUCUCUGAUCGUCAGCUGCUUCCUUUUCUGCUCGGCGGCGUCCGCUAGCUUGCUCGGCGCGGAGCAUGACUACGGCAUUAGCCCCAAAUUUGUUUGCACUCCUAUACCCCCCGAAGCGGACCCCAGCUGCUACUCCCCGCCCAGCGUGCCGCACGGACCCAGCGGCCACACCAACGGCCACGCCAACGGCCACGAUGGCAGCAACCGCAGAGUGGUGAUAUCUGACGAGGCCAAAGCCACCAUCCUGCACCUGCGGGAGAGUCUGGUGAGGCAGAAGGAGACCAUCUUAGAUCAGCGGGAGACCAUUAGGGAGUUAACCGCCAAGCUCACCUUGUGUGAGGGCUUUGGUGGUCAUCAUGGCAACGGCCACCACGACGACCACCACGAUGACCACCACGAUGACCACCAUGACGACCACCAUGACGACCACCACGAUGAGCACCUUGGCCACCAUGGCAGCCAACACACGCCUUCUUCGUCACACCACGGCUCGCAUCACAGCACUGAUCAUCAGUUCUCCCACGGCAGCCACAGACCGGACCUCCAUCCCAGGGAGGUGUCAUCACAUGGUAAACACAGCUCCUUCUCACCGGAGCAAACCGGCAAGACUCUGCAGACGUUGAAGGAGCGCCUUGAGAACCUGCAGGCGAGGAACUCCUCCAGCUCCUACUCCAGCUCCCUGAGAGAACUCCUCCAGAGGAAGAUCAAUGCUCUCGAGGAGCAGCUGCACAGCUACUACAGGGACCACCAUGAAGGUCACCAUGAUGACCACCAUGACGACAACCGAGAUGACCACCACGGUGACCACCAUGACGAUCACUAUGGUACCGGUCACCACGAGGACCCCCAUGAAAGCCAUCGCAGUAACCACCACGGGGGGCGUCCCUAUAACCACCACAGUGAUCACAGAAACCGCCAUCGCGAUCAUCACCGCGACUGGCACAACGGGCGCCGUUAUGGCCACUACGGCAACUACCAUGACGACCAUCACGACGACCUCCACGGCCGCCACGAUGAUCAACACGGCGAGCAUCACGAAGAUCACCACGGCAGUGAUCACCACGAUGACCAUCAUGAAGAUCACCAUGGCGGCGAUCACCAUGAAGACCAUCACGAAGAUUAUCACGGUGGCGCUCACCACGACGACCAUCACGCUGGCGAUCACCUCCCUCGACGACUUCCUUUUAGCAGCAAAGAGACGAGCCCUCGGAGCGGCGGACACAGCAAACUGGAGACUGUCCUCAGCCAGCUUCACCACAGCCACUCUGACUAUGGAAGCCACAAGAAGCUGAAAAAUUCAAGCGCGUUCCUGCUGGACUUCCCCAUGAGGACUAACUACAUGUACGCCAGGAUGAAGCGCUCCCUGGUCACUGAGAUCUUCGCCCUCACGGUCUGCCUGCGUCUCAAAGCGGGUGCCGGUCCCGGUGUGGGCACGCCCUUCUCCUAUGCCGUGCCGGGCCAGGCCAACGAGUUGGUGCUCAUGGAGUGGGGCACUAACCCCAUGGAGCUCCUCAUCAAUGACAAGGCGGUCACCUUGCCUGUGACCAUGACGGACAGGAAGUGGCAUCACGUGUGUGUUACGUGGUCGACACGCGACGGCGUCUGGGAAGUCUAUCAGGACGGGGCGAGGAAAGGCUCAGGUCAGAACCUUUCCGCAUGGCACGCCAUCAAACCAGGAGGGAUGUUUCUGUUGGGACAAGAGCAGGACACAAUGGGAGGUCGCUUUGACGUCACACAGUCCUUCAUGGGAGAAAUGUCCGACCUACAGUUCUGGUCCAGGGUCCUCACACCCGCUGAGAUCUACAGUCAAGCCACGUGCGGCGGUCACCUGGUCGGGGACAUCGUUUCCUGGGAGCAGGAAUCAUUGGAGCUCCAUGGCGGCCUCACUGAGUUCCCCUUUGACCCCUGCCACUGAGCACGGAUUUUCAAACUUUUGUCGUUUUCGCCAUUCCAGUCCAAUCUGUCUGCCUUCUCCGAGCACAUCUGUACAUUGUCCUUUCAAGGAUUGGACAAACGCUAGCGCCUUUAGCAAUGUUAGCAUAGCAGGAGGCGGGUGGAGACACAUGAUACGCAUCAUGGGCGUCUUCAUUAUGACUUGAAGGCAAAUUGCAGAAAGAUAUUUCCGCAAUAAUUCCAAACGGAGCACUUUCGUAAAGAUUUGGACAGGACAUCUCAAUGGACGCCAUGUUUUAAGAUGGGUGAGCUGACAUGCGGUUACGUAAGUUCCACAUGAGGCGGCCCGUCCAGGCUAACUUUACCUCGACGUGUCCUAAUGGCUGACGUAUCCUUGGCAACCGGUGGCUUACGACAGGAUUUGCUGAUGCAGCCAUGAUCCCGCCUAAUUCUCAGCUCUCUCACACACACACACACACACACACCUUUACUGAAGGUGCAGGCCAGGUGAAGGAUUAUUUGUUGAUCUGCUAACUGUUUUUAGCUGCACUUUAAGUUUUUAUAAGGUUUUGUAUGAGUACCAAAAUACAUUAUAUUUUUAAAGGAGUUAUUUAAUAUCUUUUUGUUUUGCACUUGUCAACAAGUGUAUAGCACGUUGUUGACAAGGAAGGCGUUUGUCCUCAGACCUUGUCGCCAUAGAGAUGUCUCUGCAUCAGGACCACUGCUGUAAAUAUCUGCACCACAUUUUGACUGUAAUGCCAAGUUAAGCUUGUUUCCUCCUAUAGAGGGCCAAAUGCCAGAUGCAUUUUCUUUGCGUGUAAUAUUUCUGACAAUAUUUAAUUACAAUGUUGUACUUCCCGACUUGUACGUUAAAACUCGCUCCAACUCGCCUUUGGUGCAAAUGUCAACAGUCGAUUGUUUCUAGAGUCUGGUGUCUUUUGCUGUAAAUAUAUGAAAUAUGUAAAUAUGAGUACAACAGUGGCUUGAGUCAACAGUCAUUUGAAAGCCAAAACUAUAAACUUGUAAAUGUAAAACUUGAACAAGGAAGAAGCUGUCAAAUAUUUGUCAAAUGUUUGAAUAAAGUUGUUCCGUAUAUGAAGCAGGUA